CUUCAAUAGCCUGUCUCUAUUCAUAGGGUCAACAAUGGCAGCCCUGCGCCCAUUACGCGUUCCUGCAGCCAGAUACUGUAGAAACGAGCCCCCUCUAUACCUCGAUUUUCUAGCUCCAGCCGCCACCCGUCCUCCUCGCCGAUGUUUCUGGUCCCGGUCCAAGACAGACGCUAACGAGCCUGGCGAUUCUGCAGCGCCCAUACCCCAAAAAUCCAAUGAUGCAUUGCCAAAACCUCGGUAUGUCCUGAGCAAAGAGCAGCGGGAGUAUCUCGACAGCGCGCUGCGUGUCAAUCAGGCCGGGGAGCUCGCCGCGACACUGAUUUACGCUGCCCAGAAGCCACCCAUCAUCCGAUCUCAUCCGCACCUACGACCGUUGAUGAAGCAUAUGUAUGAUCAAGAGGCAGAGCAUUUUGCUAAUUUCAAUCGCCUGGUCGCGAAACACCAAAUUCGUCCCACGGCCAUGUACCCAGUCUGGGAAGUUGCAGCUACGUUUCUUGGUUGGUCGACGGCUAUUAUGGGCAGAGAGGCCGCAAUGGCGUGUACAGAAGCCGUCGAGACGGAAAUUGGCACCCACUACAAUGAACAGAUCAGCACAAUGCUGGGAUGGAUGAAGGAAGCGGAACAGCGUGGGGAGGAGGUUGACGAGGAGCUAAAGGAUCUACUGGCACUGCUAAGGAAGACUCGAGACGAGGAGCUUGAGCAUCUGGAUUAUGCAGUCGAAAACGAUGCAAAGGAAGCCAAGCCGUAUGAUCCUUUAGUGAAUCUUAUUCGUCAUGGAUGUAGAGCAGCUAUCAACAUCACCGAGAAGGUCUAGACAGACCAGGUGAUUGAAUAUGGAUAUAAUUUUGUAUAUUUACUGUACUAAUAUGAGUAUGUGCAGUCUGUCGUUUCGAACUUGUGCAACUCGAAACAAUGCACAACAGAGCCGUUCUUAUUCUUUCUUUCUUUUCCUUCCCCUUUCAUUUAAUUAGAAUAUAGAAGCCUGCGGCGUAGUCGAACCGCCUUGCGGAACAAAUAGUUUGAAAAAGGAAGAAACAAACCUUAUGAGAAAGGAAGAUGAAAUUGAAAAAGGAUGAAUUUGGC